AUGGCCGUAGAUACGGAACCUUUCCUUCAUCUGGCGCGACCUUUGGCACCGACGACUUUGCAUUUCCAAAGCCAUCUUUCCCCGCUCUCCGUUAACAUCCUACCACAAGCUAUCCUUUCCGUCCUCGACCAUGCCACCCGUCGCGAUAUCCGCCCCGCGCCGACGAGCUCUUCCCGCGUCAUCGGUGCCUUGGUCGGUACCCGGUCCGAAGAUGGUGGCGAAGCCAUCGUAGCGUCGUCGUUCGCCAUCCCCCAUACCGAGAACGAGGACCAGGUCGAAGUCGAUGUUGAAUACCAGAAGAAUAUGUUGUCGCUGCACUUGCGCGCCCACCCCCGCGAGGUCCUGCUCGGCUGGUACACCACCUCCCACGAGCUCAACUCCUUCAGCGCCCUCAUCCAGAACUUCUUUGCCAGCCCCGAGACCGGCACCUUCCCUCACCCGGCUAUUCACCUCACCGUCUCCGCCGAGCCCGGUACCCCCGUCCGCACGCGCGCCUACAUCUCUGCCCCCAUCGCUGUCAAUGCCGAGCGCGCUUCCGAGUCUUGCCUCUUCAUCCAGGUACCCCACCGCAUCGCCUACAACGACGCCGAGCGUUCUGCCCUCGACCUGAUCUCAAGCGCGCGGGACACCGAGGCGCGCGCCGCCCCCGUCAUCUCCGACGUCGAGUCGCUGACUCGCAGCUUGGAGCACGCGCAGGACCUGCUCGAUCGGGUAUCAGACUACGUGGGUGGUGUCAUCGACGAGGAAAACGAGCCUAACAACGCUCUGGGCCAGUACCUGAUGGGAGCGCUGUCUCUCGCGCCCAAGGUAGACCCCACAAGGGUCGAGUCCGACUUCAACAACCACAUCCAGGACGUGCUGAUGGUCAGCUACCUGGCCAACAGCAUCCGCACCCAGAUCGACCUCAGCCAGCGCCUAGCCACCGCCAUACUAGCCACUGGACGAGGGCGGCAAGAUUGA